AUGGUCCCGCUGGUCGAAGGUGGUAUAGCCUCGAGCACAUCGACGAUAUCCAGCGACAGCCCGGCGUCGACGUCUAUCGAACCAGAAGCAGCGCCUACCGCCGACCCAGUGCUGUCCGAGUCAGCUUCGCUGCCGCCAUCGUCAGGGCCCACCACGCUCCAGACGUCCACCAUUACGAGCGGAGACCAGGCCGCCUCGCAGACAUCUUCAUCCCGGCCGACCGCUGAGCUGGCAAAUGAUGCCGUAGAUGCACAGGGGGAUGCGCAGGUCACCGGGCCUUCCCGACCUCGGGAUAUCGGCAUAGUCAUCGGGACAAUACUGUCCGCCGUAAUCUUGAUAGUCAUCUUCAUCUUCCUCUACAGGCGCCGUCAACGGAUCAAGGAGGCCAAGGAGAGCAGCACGGGGACAGAGUGGACCAAGCCGCUGCCCGACGAGCCGCCCAACAACGACAAGGACUAUCACGGCGUCAGCGUGUGGUCUAUGAGCGCCAAGACGAAUAACGACGACGGAAACAAGACGGGGACGUAUAGCCAGUAUGGAAACUUCUUCAUCUCGGAUGAGAAGACGGGACGAGGGAUGAUGGAAGAGUACGAAUACAUCGUUCAGCCGCCGGCGGCGACGGUGCGCUCCAGCAGGGAUUUGCACAUCGAUAUUUCGAGGCAGGCAUUGACAGGAAAAGCUAGCCUGAGCCCUUGA